AGGAAAGUCUGAAGGUCUUUCUAUCUGCUCGGGUUACUCCAGUACAGAGUCAGGCAAACCCACUCCCCCCUUCGCUCUCUGUCUCAACGCGGCCUCCACAAUGUCCUACACAAAAUCCAGCUACAAAGUCUCGUCGUCCUCCUCCGGGACGGCUCCCCGGAGUUUCAGCAGCCGGUCCUACGCCGGACCCAGCCAGGCGAGGCAGAGCUACAGCGUGCGCAGCUCCUAUGGACAACCUGGCAUGGGAGGUGGGAUGGGUGGAGGUGGAGGUGGCUACAUCUCCAGCUCCUCUGUCUACGGCCUGGGCUCCAGCAUGGGGGGCGGCAUGGGCAUGGGGGGCGGCAUGGGCAUGGGUAUGGGCAUGGGCAUGGGUGGCGGUAAUGUGGCCCCCAUCACAGCUGUCCAGGUAAACAAGAGCCUUCUGGCGCCCCUCAACCUGGAGAUCGACCCCAACAUCCAGGUUGUCCGCACUCAGGAGAAGGAGCAGAUUAAGACCCUCAACAACCGCUUUGCCUCCUUCAUCGACAAGGUCCGCUUCCUGGAACAGCAGAACAAAAUGCUGGAGACCAAAUGGAACCUGAUGCAGGGGCAGACCACCGCCCGAUCCAACAUCGACUCCAUGUUUGAGGCCUACAUCACCAACCUACGCAGACAGCUCGACAGCCUGGGCAAUGACAAGAUGAAGCUGGAGGCUGAUCUUCACAACAUGCAGGGCUUGGUUGAGGACUUCAAGAACAAGUAUGAGGAUGAAAUCAACAAGCGCACAGAAUGUGAGAAUGACUUUGUUCUCAUCAAGAAGGAUGUCGAUGAGGCCUACAUGAACAAGGUGGAGCUGGAGGCCAAGCUGGAGAGCCUGACAGAUGAGAUCAACUUCCUCAGGCAGAUCUAUGAGGAGGAGAUCCGUGAGCUUCAGGCUCAGAUCAAAGAUACCUCCGUUGUGGUCGAGAUGGACAACAGCCGUAACCUGGACAUGGAUUCCAUCGUUGCUGAAGUGCGUGCCCAGUAUGAAGACAUCGCCAACCGCAGCCGGGCUGAGGCUGAGACGUGGUACAAGAGCAAGUACGAGGAGAUGCAGACAUCUGCCAGCAAAUAUGGUGACGACCUCAGAUCAACAAAGACAGAGAUUGCUGACCUCAAUCGCAUGAUCCAGAGGCUGCAGUCAGAGAUUGAUCAAGUCAAAGGACAGCGUGCCAACCUGGAGAACCAGAUUGCCGAGGCUGAGGAGCGCGGUGAGAUGGCUGUGAGAGACGCUAAAGGCCGCAUCAAGGACCUGGAGGACGCCCUCCAGAGAGCCAAGCAGGACAUGGCCCGCCAGAUCCGAGAGUACCAGGACCUGAUGAACGUCAAACUGGCCCUCGACAUUGAGAUCGCCACCUACAGAAAACUGCUGGAGGGAGAGGAGGACAGACUGGCAACCGGAAUUCAGAGCAUCAACAUCUCUAAACAGAGCACAAGCUACAGCUCAUUUCCAAUGGAGAGUGCUAGUAGUGGACACAGCAACUACUCCAGCGGCUACUCAAGCAGAUAUGGUGGUGGUAGUGGUGGCUACAGCUCUGGCGGUGGCUACAGCUCUGGCGGUGGUUUCAGCUCUGGCGGUGGCUACAGCUCUGGCGGUGGUGGUGGCCUCAGCUCUGGUGGUGGCUUCAGCUCUGGAAGUGGCUAUGGCGACAGCAGUAUCACUCAGAGCAAGAAGAGUGUCGUCAUUAAAAUGAUUGAGACCAAGGAUGGCAAAGUGGUGUCCGAGUCCUCCGAGGUCGUCCAGGAUUGAGCAGUUAGCCCCUAACAUUUUCCCCAGUAAUGUUGCUUUUUCACUCACUCCCUUUUCUUACCAUUCAACACUGUUACAUACCAAGUUUAAAGUCAAGUAUACUUUCACAAACCAGGUUGUAAUGAAGUAAGCCUAACUCUGACCAAAGAUUUAAAGGGACCAAACAUGUUAUCCCGCACAGUGCCUUACGCUCAGCUAAGCAUCUUUACUAAAGACAGCUCAAAGAUAAAUACCAGAACAAUACUGUGUGUAAACAUUCUUGCACAAACCUGUGAAGCACAGAACUGGUCUUUGUCUUUGGCAAGGAAGAGCUCAAUAUGUAGAGUUUGCAGAGGUGGCCAUGGCCAUGAUGUGUGUUGGUUCCAGUCUUCUUUCUGUGCCUUGGCAGAUGCAAAGUAAAAACUGCCCUUCAUAGUUCGGUGAAUGCUGUUCUCUGAGGAGGUGUAUUUUUUACCAAAAAUAAAUGUUUACUUAGAGUA